AUGACCAUCUCUUUUUUACCUGCACAUACUCUCAAAGGCUUUGGAAAUCCAUUAUCUCUUACAAGAAUUCAUAGUGGCCGCCAAGGCCUUGGAGAAAUUUCAAUGGCUGGUGUGAAACAUGUUAUGGCAAAGUAUAGACUACAAACAGACAAUCUGGGAAAACAAAACCAGCCAUCUUACGAGCUGCAGCUUGAGAAUACUAGAUAUGCCAUGUUGAGAAAAGAAGUUGCAGAAAAGACCCAUGAAUUGAGGAAACUGAGGGGAGAAGAGCUUGAGGGACUUAAUCUGGAAGAGUUAAUGAAACUGGAAAAAUUGCUGGAAGGAAAAUUAAGUCGUGUCCUAAGAACAAAGUGUGAGAAAAGUAUAAAAGAGAUUGGUGCUCUUAAGAAAAAGGAAGCCCAAUUGAUGAAAGAGAAUGCGUUGUUGGAACAGCAAACUCAUGUUGAAACCAAUGUUCUUCCACAAGGGCAUUCGUCAUGGGCAAUUGCCAACUACUCAGCUGAUCCUCCUCAGGGCUACGACAGCUUUGACACUUCCCUCAAGUUGGGCCCACCUUUCCCCAACUGAAAUUUGAGGAACAGAGGAGGUUAUCAGUAAGAAAGAAACAGUUUUUGAUCACCCAUCCAAUCCAGUUGCAAUCAUAUUAUUGAGGGCACUUUUUUAUUUAAAUAUAUUUUACUUAUUUUUGUAUGGUCUAUAGUUUGAAGUUCAGGCUUUCUGGGUAAUAUAUAUAAAUAAAUUGAAGCAUUGAAAUAAGAUUAGGAAUAAUAAUUCAUGAAGAAGUUGAUGAAAGUACAUGGUCAUGUGAGAGAGAUGGGAUGAACCAGCAGAGAUGAGAGUCUCAGGCACUAUGCAAUGGUGUAUGGUUAAAGGAGCGACGAGCAACAGCAUUGCUAAGGCUACAGUUCGCUUAAUAUGGGUAUUUGACAGUACAACAUAUAUAUUAUCCAUGCUUUGUUAUGAUAAUGUUGUCUGAUGUUUUCUAUUAUACAUGUAAAUUUCAGAAUCAUUGCUUGAUUGAGAUGGAGAAACUGUUGUACACUGUCCAAAAAAGAGUGUUUUUUGGGGGCAAAUUAUAUUUUGACC